GUCCGCGGCCACUGGCUCACGGGGCCUCUCGACCUGAUCAUUGACUAUCGAGGCAGUCCGGGAAUCACCAGGGUCCGGACCGGGAUCCAGGCUGUCCAGUUCGAUACGCUGACCACUGUUGACCGCUAUGGGGCCGAAAUGGCUGAGUAUCAGCUCAUCAGUCCACUGUUCGACUUCAUGCCAUACUACGGCAACCGCACUCUGGCGCAGCAGCGCACCACAGAGCUGGUCGUGCGACAUCUGUUCUCGAACGCCUCCUUCAUGACCCUGCUCAUGCGCGACGCCUUCGAGAUCGCCUCCUACGACAAGAUCAUCCCGCAGUUUGGCACGGAGGCCAACUACUACACUGUCCUCAAGUACCUUUUCAACAACGGUCCCGGGGCUUCGAGCAGGUCGCCCCCUGCUGCUCGCGGCGUGUCCCUUCCCGGGGUGCCUUCAGCCAUUGCCGAUUACCUGGCCGGGGUCGCGCGACAGGCCAGGAGCACUUUGGAAACCUUAGGCUAAGGCCACCCGCCGUUAAUGCAUCUGAAUGAGAGAAACGUUUUUGGUGUAGUUCAUCAUCUGCUUAGAUUUGCUCUCCUUUAUGACGGUUGUAAUAAGAAGUACCUGAGUUUCCGAUUUGUAACUCGUCGUCUACUACAUUUCAGGACGGGUUUAGCCGUAGUAAUUCCAGAAUGUUAAGAUGCGUGCUCAAUUUUCGUUACGCGAUUCAGCUAUGCUCUCGGGCCACUUUUUGAAUUCCUCUCCCGGUGAAAACAUUGCUCUUUCAUGUAGGGAACCGCCUUGUGAUGUAUUUACAAUAAGGAGAGAACCGAGGAAACUGAUAUCGCAUUUUCAGGCCUACUGAAUUUUCCUUUGCAUAAUUACAGAAGCAACUAAAUUUAAAAAAAAAAUGGUUUAUUAUGGAAAAAUGGUUCUGCUGGUUCGGAACCGAUUCAAAAGAUUUAAAUAUUUAUAUGAUUAUAAUCCUUACUCUUAAGAUUUUGUGUAUUUGUCUCUUUCCAUGGUGGUUGGCUGGUCCAGCACAUUGCCAAAUAAUAAAAUUAGGAUCUAAAUAUUUUUC